GUCUCACGUGGACGUUACCUGGACGGUCUGCGGACCACUAAACGGUCCCAAAAUGUCACGAUGGGAUUUUUCCUGUGCGCGAAUUUCGACGAAGGGAGGAAGCAGAAGAUUUUAGCUGAGUGAAGUACCAAAAGUUCUUCAAGCAGAGUCCAGUUAUUCCAAAAAGAAAAGUACAAGAGCAGCGACUCCAACAGGAAACAGGUUCUGGAACCAUCACCUUCUUACCAUGUGCUAAUCUGCUCAUCGUGACCCAAAAGACAUCGAACAACGCUUUAAAGCUGCCACACUCAUCAUCAGUCUUCUUCCUGCAACAGCUGCACUGAUGACUCACCCCUAUGAGCCCUGGUUACGGACAGCACCACCUAGUGGCAGCUCAGAAGACAUGAACAUCCCUUCCUUUUGGGAGCUCCACACUGGACCAGGGAGCUGGAUGGACCUGCAGACAGGUCAGGGUGUUAGCUUACCCUCCAUGAGUGCAGGGAGCUCCAUGGGCCUCCAGCCCGCUUUGGGGCCUCCGUAUGGGUCGGACCCACAGCUGUGCACGCUGCCUCCCGCUCAGCACGCUCCAGCCUCACACUCAUCUCACCUUUACACACAGGAUGGCUUCAAGAUGGAGCCAAUGGCCCCUGACAUGCUGCAGCAAGAGCCAUUUUCCCUUGAAGAGCCGCAGGAGAGUGCCGUGUCAGCUCGACCAAAGCCCCAGCGGCGCUCCUCCUCCAGGGCUGGCGGCCAGGCGGUGUGCCGCUGCCCCAACUGCCUCCAGGCUGAACAGCUGGGCCAAAGCACUGACGACAGCAGGAGGAAACAUUUGCACAACUGCCACAUCCCGGGCUGCGGCAAAGCCUACGCCAAGACCUCCCACCUGAAGGCCCACCUCCGGUGGCACAGCGGGGAUCGGCCUUUUGUCUGCAACUGGCUCUUCUGCGGCAAGCGGUUCCCCCGCUCAGACGAACUGCAACGUCACCUUCAGACACACACCGGCGCCAAGAAGUUCAGCUGCUCCUUAUGCCCCAGGGUGUUUUUGCGAAAUGACCACCUCGCCAAGCACAUGCGCACACACGAAGCCCCGACGGGACAAGGGGAGGAGCGGGUGAACGGAGACGGGAGGAUAGACAAGGCCUUUGAAGGUCCCACGCCUCAGUCGUCCUCACACGCGUCUGCUUCAGACACCACAGAGCCGUCACUGAAGCUCAAAUGUGAGAUAGACCCCUCAGUGCCCAGCGUGGUGGGGCAGUCGGGCUAACGGCAUCGACUCCACCAAACGAACGGUUUACCUGUUAUUAGAGAGAAAAUAGGAAUGUUUUAGAUUCGUAUGGAGGAACGCUGGACGGAAUAGGUGUUCCUCUGUGGUCAUGUGAUUUUAAACCAGAUAUUCCACCAAAUACCAGGAGACAUUCCUCUGUGUUUACCACGGCUGAGCCGAAGCCGCCGCAUCUUACAAGACUACAAGAUCUCGCCGGAGCGGGAAUAAGUUAAAUUGAAGGUGGCCUGUUGAACUUAUUUACACUCAAAAUCAAUCAGACGUGUCCAACAUUCAAGGACAAGCAUGAGAAGAUAAGAUCAGGAGUCUACUGAGCAAAUUAUGACAAUACACUGGAAUCAUAAUAUCAUAUCAUAUAAAUCUCAUAAAUAGCAGCUGGGAUUUCAUGAGUCUUUUACAGUAUAUGGAAAAAAGAAACAAACAAGAAAACAGUCAUCAACAGCCGGACAUUUUUCAGGUUUGACGACGGAACACAAGAAGACAAAUAACUGCUGAAAACUGCUUUUUGAACCUUGAAGUGGUCAAAAACAGGUCAAAAUACGGCAUCAUCAUCCGCUUGCGUCUGGUAAGAAGGACGAGAAGAUGAAGCAAAUAACCAAAAGUGGAAGAGGAGGGAGGAACAAAAUCAGUCUGGUCAAACAGAUGUUCGUUUCUGUUGUGGCAUGCUGAUGACAGUGCUGUAUUUGGCGUAAACACGACUCCACAGAGCCGUCCUGCCUUGUGUCAACACCACAGGCUGCUGCUGCUGAAAUGAAUCCUCCAGUGCGGACGUGCAGCUCUUCACCAGUUGUCUGUGCCGGCACACAACGUGCAGCUUUGCAAUGACUUGAAACAGGAUGUUUGUGUCUUUGAAUGUGCAACAGAAAGUCUUCAAUCUGUGCCUAAUAAAGUGGCUUAACACAGCUUCUUCCACAAAAACACAAUCAGCCCAGAUUCUUUUGCGUGUCAGAUCAUCGGCAAAGAAUGUGCAAUUCGCAUAUCACUCAGCACGUUUUAUUCGCAGAUGUUUGGUGCUUCUGAAGCUGCAGUUUUCUACGAUUUACAACGAGGAAGAAAAAAAAAUGAGGUUGUGCAGAAUGCAGUGCCAAAAUGGUUCAUUUCUUUUUCUGUGCAAUGAACAAGCAGGCAAAAUACAGUUUUGGCACUCCAAUAAACUGAAAUUAACUGCAGUUCAAAUGUUAUAACUAUACAAAUGUACAACACAACAAGCAGGAAUAGUUUAGGUAACUUUUGUGGGAUCACUAACAACUUUCCUAAUCAAUAUUGUGUGAUCAGUAGUUCAUUAUGUGCAGUUUUAUAAUUCAAAACUCUUAUUAGGAUGUUUGUAAAGCAUCACACGCGUGUCGAUACGUUAUGAACCUUACAGACUCUCAAUUUAUAUAUAGAUGGAAGAGGGAGACAGCAUGUAACAACAGUAAGAUAUUGUGUCCUGGCAGUUAAUAUUUUACAUAGAUUUAUUUUGUUUUCUUCAUUGUUGGUCAGUAGAUUAAAAUAGAAAAUAUUUUUCAUUGAUUGCUGUAGUGAAUAUUUUAGUUGUGCAAAUGUUUAUUGUGUGAUAAUAACUUGUAUUUAAAGUUCUUUAUUAAAUAAAAACAUUAUGUGUCCCUG